ACCUUCUGUAGCAGCCGGUAUUCCAGCGGCUCUGAAGAUGCCUCUGACUGAAGACAGUUUGUUGUUGUAUGCCACUCUGAUGCUCUUCACUCAUAAUUUCUUAGAUUUUAUGUAAAAUCCUUCUUUCUUCUCCAGUAUCAACAGUGGAUAUAAGAUGCUCCAGUUUGAUUCUCUGCAUCGUUUCUCUGGGGAAUGAAUAUCAUUUUGAAUAUCUACCUCUUUUAAUAUCUACAUUUACUUUGCUUAAAGGUUAUAAAGAUGGCCGUCUCAGUGGAUACAGACAACGGAGUGACUGCUGUUACCAUAGCAACGGACAAUCGGAGCAUGUUGGCACAAUGGCGUCAGACCGUCAAGGCUCUUCCCUGCGGUCCAUCAUGGCGGUCAGGGAGCAGCGUGGUCGGAGCUCUUGGGACUGUGCAGAUCAUGGUCGGCGUGUUCAACGUUGGACUCGGACCAGAGCGUGUAGAAACGUUUCCUUACUGGCUGGGAGUUCCUUUCAUUGCAGCAGGAGUCUUGUCUCUUCUUGCAGACAGAUUUCCUUUCCGCUGCCUGAUGGGCCUUUCCGUCUUUCUGAACGUAGCCGGAUCCAUCCUCUCCAUUGUGGCCAUUGUGCUGUAUGCAGUACAUUUGGCCAGCUUUACUGUCAUUGGGAUGUGUGGGAUCCUGGAUGAAAGGAACUCCAAAAACUGCAUGUUCUUGGCUAAUUUAGCUCAGAAACUGCUGAGAGGCGUGGACAUCACCAUGAUCGUCAUGUCAGUCCUCCAGCUCUGUGUCUGCAUCAGCCUGGCAGUCCUGGGCAACAAGGCUUUCUACUACAGGGGGAAAGAUGUCAAAGAUGAUUUGAUCCAGCAGCUGUUGUUUAAAGAUGGUCACAUGACCAGUCCUGGAGCCUAAACCUAAUUAAUCUGGUAAAACCAGGGAGAAACCAAAAGGGGGGCCAAGGGGGGCCAGUCCCUCUCAAAUACCAUCAAGCUUCAGAGAACUGCUGCUUUAUUAAACUCUAUUUGGAUUGCAAUUAUUA